UAAAUAGAAAAUACCCAGGUUUUUGCAAAACAAACUGGAGUAUUUCCUCCCAGUCUUCAUUCGAUUCCUUCACAGAAAUGGACAACCACCCGAAGGGAGAAACCGGGAUAAAAUACACUCGGAUUGUAAAAUAUCAAUUUUAACCCAGUAUAAUUGUGCCAAGCAAAAAUGACCAAGGAAUUCCCAUGUGCAAGUUGGUUCUCUGGUUUCCAGGGAGAUUAGAAUCAUCGUGUUCUGGUUCCAUCCCCAUCAACUUGUUUCUUUCAGAAGGGACUGUACCAUCCGUUAUCAUGGCUUCGUCACAAGGCCAACCCCCAGCCCCACAGGUUGACCAUCAAGAGAGGCGGCGGAGAGGAACGUGGGCUCGCUCUAGGAAGCUUCGGCACCUCUGGAGGAUCCGCAAAGAGUGGGAGCUGCUGGGUUUCUUUGAGAUCAACGAAAGCCAUGAAUUCUACGAGUUCACGUGCAUGCUCAAGAAGGGGCUGAAGGCGGCAAUCCAGGAGGCAAGGGAGACUACAUCAGCAACAGAUAUCCUCGCCGAGGCGGCUUUUACUGCAGUGCUUAAACAGGCCCACGAGGGCUUUGAGAUGAAGACGUACGCCGGCCCUGCCUUUGCUCGGUUCCGGAGGUUCCUUGGCAUGACAGACAGCAACUACCAGCAAUCUCUGAGUUGUGACAGCGCGUACCUGCAGUUCAUCACCAACUCAAAGAGCACAGCCAGCUUUUUCCUCACCAACGACAAACAUUUCUUCGUGAAAACCCAGAGCAAGCGAGAAACCCGUUUCCUCCUCUCAAACCUGGCCAAAUACCUUCAGCACCUGGAGGCGGAAAUAAUUCCCCAUUCCCUUCUUGUCAAAAGACUGGGGGUCCACAGCAUCAUUGUUCCCCAUCAGAAGAAGAAAUAUUUCAUCAUCAUGCAGAGUGUCUUCUACCCUCACGAGAAGAUUGUCGAGCGGUAUGAUAUUAAGGGGUGCCAGCUUGAUCGCUGGGUGGAGGCCGCCCCAGAGGGCAGUCAGAUAAUCAUGGUUUUCAAGGAUCUCAACUUUGAAGGAAAGACCCUCUGCCUUGAUGAGCAGCGUUCCUGGUUCACCCAUCAAGUGGACCUGGACACGCAGUUCCUCAAGGAGCUGGACGUGAUAGACUACAGUCUUCUGGUGGCGUUUCAGCCACUCCACGAGGAUGAGCAUGUCAUAAACCAGACCUUGGCCAACAUCAUUUCCAGGGUGAGAAGGUCGCUCAUCCCUCUCAACUCCUUUGUCUACGGAGUGACAGACUCCAGAGAACAGGCUCGCUUGACUUCGCUCAUGGAGUACACCUCCAACCUUGACCAGACUAGCAAUCUCUACGGCCGAAGCAGUUUAGAUGAAUUUAUUCACAUGCUGCAGAACCGUGACUUCCCUCCGGGCCAGUUUGCUGACCAAAAUGAGAACAUUUUCCAGGAGGCCCUGAUAACUUACCUGAUCCAGUCCAGCAAGCCUACUGAACAAGUUGCCCCAUGGCUCUGGCCCGAGGAGCCGACAAGCGGCCACUCAAAGUACCAACCUGACAGCGAUGAUAAGCCAACUUCGUGCCUCCGCUUGACGGCAGAGACAGGCUUUGCUGCGAACUGCAGGAAUCCCUUGCACGUUAUCGACGGGUCCGAAUUUCGCUACUUCGUGGGCAUCAUCGACCUCUUCACGGUGUACAGCUGCCGCAAAAAGUUGGAGCAUCUCUGGAAAAGCAUCCGCUAUCGGGGGCAGAGUUUCUCCACUGUUAGCCCCUCCCAUUAUGCAAGGAGGCUUUGCCAGUGGGUGCAAGAACACACCACCUGAGUCCAGGUGGGGCAGAGGGGGUGGGGAGGGGCAGCAUCCUUCAUCUUCUUCCGAAGCCCCUUCCGACUCCUGCCGAAGUCAAAGCCGCUGUGGCAACUUUUCAGCUCUGAGUUUGUCAGCAUCUGGAGGAACGAUUCUGCCAUUCUGACUGCUGGUGGACGCCGCUGAAAAAUUCCUGGUUGGAGAGCACAGAACUUUGCUGGGAGUCUUUGGUGGCUGUUGUCCUGUGUGUGCGCUCGUGUGCAGCUGUGUCCCUCCGCAGCCGCCGUGAGCCUGAAUUGCGGACGCUGGAAUCAGCAGUGAUAACGUUUUGGGUUGAUGGUAAAGAAUCUCCUCGAUUGGAGCCUAACGGGAUUAAAGGUCAAGAAAGGGGAAACAGCCGAGGGACUCAGCUAACACAACAUGCCGCAAGGUCCUUGAAUGGUUCUGUGCUUUGCUUUUGCACAGGUAAAUAGCACCUGUGGGCGGUGGGGCUGAUUUUGGUCAGGGUUGAACUACAACGGGAAGAGGAAGUUAGGCCUUUCUCUUUUAUGUUGUUCUCCUGAGCCUAAUACCACCUAGAGCAGUGGUGGCGAACCUUUGGCACUCCA